AUGCAAAAACCGGGAGGAAAAGAUGAGAAAUUGCAGGUCGAAGACUGUACCUACGAGAAACGUGUAAAUUUAAGUAUACCGUGGAAUCGUUGGCUUUUGAAACCAACGGGUUUGUGGCCCGACAAGUCCUACGUUUCACCGAUCGAGAAAAACAUCGCUCGAUUGGUCAAUACUGUUUGUUACGGUUUGAUCGGUUACCUUGUAAUACCGUGCAGUUUGUACGUGUUCCUCGACGUAGAGAAUAUAUUUAAAGAGAUCGAAUUGUUCGGCAUUUUUGCAUUUUGCGUGGCUGCGCUGUGGAAGUAUCAUUCGUUGAUACUUCACGGUGACGAUAUUCGUACGUGUGUCGAGCAUAUGAAAUAUGACUGGAAGAAUAUCACGCACGAGGAGGACAAAGAAAUUAUGGCGUUGAACGCGAGCUUUGGAAAGAGGAUAGUGACAAUUUGUGCUUUCUUCAUGUACACAGGUUUCACGUUUUAUUUCCUCGUCGUACCGAUCAGCGCGGAUAAAAUGGUAGCGGAGGAUCUUAACGUGACAUUCAGACAAAUGGUGGUCCCUGUCUCGAGAUUUAUCGUCGAUGUUCGAUACAGUCCUGUGAACGAGAUAUUCUUCUUGAUUCAGAUUAUAGCUGGAGUACUGAUUCAUGCUAUUGCGGUGGUAGCUUGUAGCUUGGCAGCUGUGUUUGCGGUUCACGCUUGCGGACAGAUGGGCAUUUUGAUGAGCUGGCUGGAACAUUUGAUAGACGGUAGAGAGGAUAUGAGCAAGAAUGUGGACGACAGAAUCGCGGUCAUCGUGAACCAGCAUGUGCGGAUACUGAAAUUCUUAGAGCUCGUGGAGAAAGCACUUCGGCAAGUAUCUUUCGCUGAAUUAUUAGUAUGCACGGUGAAUCUCUGUCUCGUUGGAUAUUACAUAAUAACGGAAUGGAAUUCGAACAAUUUAACAACUACAGUAACUUACGUGGUGUUGUAUAUCUCUCUCACUUUCAAUAUUUUCAUAUUUUGUUACAUAGGCGAGCUUGUGUCUGAACAGUGCAAAAAGGUCGGAGAAGUAUCGUACAUGAUCGAAUGGUACCGAUUGCCAGGUAACAAAAAGCUCUGUUGCAUUUUGAUCAUGGCAAUGUCCAAUUCAUCCGUCAAAUUCACAGCUGGAAACAUGGUAGAACUGUCUAUCAGCACUUUCAGCAGUGUUGUUCGAACAUCGGUUGCCUUCUUAAACGCGUUACGAACAUUUUCAUAA